AUUUAUUCAAUAUUGAUAUAUUUUUGACAGAAGAUACUCAAAUAGUUAUCUCUUUCAAGUGGAAAAUAUUAAUCACACACCAUUGGAUAGCUCUGAGCUGAGCAUUGUAUUUCGUUUGGCCAACUAUUAUUCUUAGAUACAAUUCUGUUCUCGCUGAGAAACAUUGAAGAGCAAAUAAUGACAGGAGGAGGCCACUACCUUGCAGCUUGCCGAACUUCUCUGCCAUGUGGCCAAGCUAACGAGGAGCCGCCCAUGGACCAUGGCCCAUGGCAGGCAUAGUUGGAGAGACGAGCGCUGGACGUCUCUUGACCAUUCCUUUGGACGAAUCAACAGCUAAGACCGGCUGUGUACCAACCCAAUUCCGCUAGACGUCGGGAGGGGCGAAAGGGGCGAAGGGGCGAACCCAUAUACUCAUUCCCUGUCUGGAUGCCAAUGGAUGUUAACCUUUGUAUCCACAUUAAUAUACCAUAUUUUCCCUACUCAGACUCACCAGGACUCGGCCGGGAUCUGGCUAUUCGUCAAGAUAACAUUGCUUUACCCGCGGCUCCGAGUCAUUUCCCCCAGGAAAGCACCUUUCGUCGGUGGGUCUCCCCAGUUGGGAGAACCAUUCGAUGCGGGGGAUAUUGUUGCUACUAUAUAAUUCAAUGUGAACCCCAGACAAGAUGCAAAAGAAGGCACGUCAAGUAAAGGGCUUCAUCUUCGCCCAACAAGCUGUCUUUUCUCGCUGAGCAGCCAUAAUAUCCUCACAUCUUCUCCCCAUCAACUCGGCUAUCAUACAAUGUCCGGUGACUUAGAGAAAGCCCCCGACGGGGUCUCCGUUGACCAUGUCAACAAGACGACUACUCAGGAGGCUUCGGACAUCGACGUGGACGAUGUAUAUUCAUACGCAGAACAGAGGAAAAUCAUCCACCGCGUCGACCGCCGACUCGUGUCCAUUUGCGGCUUGGGAUACUGCAUCAGCUUGAUGGACCGGACGAACUUGUCAGUUGCUGCCAUCGCCGGCAUGACAAAGGAGCUCGAACUGCACAUUGGCUUUCGAUAUUCUAUUGUCGCCCUUGUCUUCUUCAUCACAUAUAUUCUCUGCCAACCGCCAAUGACAGCGGCUAUUCGCAAACUCGGACCAAAGAACUUCAUCAGUUUUAUUAUUUUUACUUGGGGAGUCUGUUUGAUUGGUUUUGGUCUGUGUAAGAACUGGGAACAACUUACAGCCCUCAGAGCGCUUCUGGGAGUCUUGGAGGCGGGCUUUUUCCCAGGGACAGUGUACCUCCUGUCGACCUGGUACUCAAGAUACGAGGUUCAGAAGCGUUAUUCGAUCUUUUACCUGAUAGGAUGCGUGGCGGCCGCACUUUCGGGUAUCCUCGCCUUUGGCUUUAGCCAGAUGUCCGGCAUUCAAGGAAUGCUUGGUUGGAGGUGGAUUUUUAUUAUGCAAGGUCUCUUAACCAUUGUCGUUGCAAUAGUCACCUAUAUUUUCCUUGUGGACUUUCCCGACAAAGCUUAUAAAGCUUGGGCAUUCCUAAACCAGGAUGAAUGCGCCUUCAUUAUUCGACGAUUGAACAAGGACAGAGGUGACGCGGAUGCUGAACCAUUCACCAUUAAAAGAUUCCUCCGUCCGGCGCUAGACUUGAAGAUCUGGGGCUUCGGCAUGAUAUUUUUCUGCUUGACCACGGUCACCUACGCCAUCGCCUAUUUCCUCCCCAUCAUCCUCCACGACAACAUGGGCUUUAGCGUUAGCGAAUCCCAAUGCCUCGUCGCACCCCCGUACGUCGUGGCGGGAAUUCUCAUGUUCUCCUCCUCCUGGGUGGCGGACAAAUAUAAAAUGCGGGCGCCUAUCCUCGUAUUCAACAGUCUCGUUACCAUCGUUGGGUUACCAAUCAUGGGAUUCGCAGAAAACAAUGUAGUGCGUUACUUUGGAGUUUUCCUGACCACCGCAGGUGCCAACGCAAACAUUCCGUGCUCGCUCGCGUACCAGGCCAAUAACAUCCGUGGUCAGUGGACGAGAGCGCUAGCCAGUACCACGCUGGUUGCGAUGGGUGGGGUUGGAGGAGUUGCCGGUAGUCUGGUUUUCAGGUCGCAGGAUGCGCCCGAAUAUAUCCCGGGCAUUUAUGCUGCUAUUGCUUGUCAAUUUCUGCUCCUUCUCAUUGUUGGCUCAUUGAGCCUUUACUUCUGGCGAUGCAACAAGAAAGCAGACCGCGGAGAAUUGGUCAUCGAGGGAUCACCUACUUUCCGAUAUACUCUAUAGAUAGCUUCAGACGGCAGGCCAUGGCAAUGAUAGUCAGCCAGUACUGGCGCCUGGUUGGCGAAAUUGUUUCCACAUAAUUCUUCUUUUCAUGUUUUGGAAAUUGAGAAUUUUCCUGAGCGGCGACCUCUGAAUUUUGGGGCCAAAUAACUGUAGAGGAGGCAUCUCCUAUGCGCUUUUAUUCCACAUCAGGUUAUUGUACACACAAGUGCGAGAACGCGGUUAUGUUAGGCUUCUUGUGGAAUUACAGCCACAUUGCGGAAGGCUGUCGUCGCAUUGUUUUCAUAUAUCCCAGUGUUCAAUCGAUGUUUAUCUUUUCAAGACAUGGGAACUUAGAGUAUCCUUGGCUUCCCUUGGCGCAUCUUUAACCGAAGGUCGGGGUUCCGUUAACGUUCCGGGGCAUAGUAGUAUGUUGUUACUCCAGCGUAAUACCCUUUGGAUUGAUUAUAUUUUUCUCGUAUGAAAAAUCUUGGUGGGGGGUAGCAGCGCCAGAGGAACGACAGCAGCGAUGCGAAUCGGAAUCAGCACGAUUGGCUGUUGGGGUAGGUAGGGUCCGCAAAUCCGGACGACAAUCAAUCACGCGUAAAGCAGGAUAGAAGUUCAGGAACAGAAAUGCCAGAAGGUAGAUCCCAGAUCCGCGCCUAUGUAAAUCCGGCAGAUAUUAAGUUAAGUUAGGUCAGGCCAAUAUCGCGAUGCCCCUUUUCCAGUAGUAGAAUCUUGGCUCACAAGAAAAGUAUUUCCGAAUCCCUGACCCUUGCUAACUCUGAAAUGCAUCCAACAGCCCUGCAAUUGACGGUUGGCAAGUGGAGGUGGAAACUGGUCCCUGACCAACUAUCCGCUUAAUACGCCGUGAGGAAAUUAGAGGUGAUAUCGAACAUAGACAUAGUAUCAUUCUCUUUGCUCCGGCUUUGAGUAGUAAUGUUUCCCUUACUGUCGUGUAGGUGUCGUGUAGGUAUCGUGCGCUGACGAAAGUGUCGCAUGCCACAGGAUUACGGGUUUCACAAAAGCUGAGCGGAGUUGGAUUAACGUUAUAAAUAUUACUGUCUUAUGUAACAGCGAGAUUGCGAAAGAGAGCGAUGAGGACCA